GAGAAGCUGUCUUCAUUUGAUGCAACAUUAAACCGAUCUGAUGCAAGAUAAUCUAGUUAUUUAAGUUUCUGGAUUCCCACGCUAGCACCUGUUCGGAUUUAAGAAUGUCAAGGCUGGGGAAGCUUCGUGUGGCUGUCAUUGGGGCUGGUGCUGCAGGACUGUGUGCCGCACGUCAUCUUCUCUCUCGCCCCGAGACCUUCGCUGCUCCUGUGGUUUACGAGCUAACGAAACAUGUGGGAGGCACCUGGGUCUAUGAAGAGAAAGUUGGUUGCUAUGACAAUGGUCUGCCUAUCCAGAGCAGUAUGUACAGAGACCUGAGAACAAAUAUUCCCAAGGAGGUGAUGUCAUUCCCAGAUUUCCCCUUUGAGGAACGUCUGCCUUCCUUUGUCCAUCACACGGAGGUGCGGAAGUAUCUUGACAAUUACUGCAAUCAUUUUGGAGUGAGGGACCACAUCAAGUUUGAGACCAUGGUAGAUCAUGUGAAACCAGUAAAAAUGAAGGGAGGUUGGAAUGGCAUGGCAUGGGAUGUCACCACUAGUGAUGGUAUUGACCAUAGCAAAGCGACCACGGACCGUUUUGACGCCGUCUUGGUGUGUAAUGGGCAUUUCUUUGAUCCUUACAUCCCCGCUAUCUCUGGACUUGGGAAGUUCACAGGGACACUGAUGCACAGUCAUGAUUACCGCAGUGCUGAGCCUUUUACUGGGAAGUCUGUGGUUGUACUGGGAGCAGGGCUGUCUGGAUUGGAUAUUGCCAUGGAGCUGUCUAAUAUCAAUGCUCAGGUGAUCCUGAGUCACGGCCAACGCCCCUUGGCCUGUCCUCUCCCUCGUGGAGUGCAGCAAGCCCCUCCAGUAACUAAGGUUCUAGAUGACGGGACUUUAGAGUUCCGUGACGGUACAAAGGCAAACCCUGACGUGUUUUUGUUCUGCACGGGUUAUAACUUCACCUUUCCUUUCCUGGACAAACAAGUGGGUUUGAAAGUCCGCGAUCACCUGGUCUUUCCACUCUACAAGUUCCUGAUGCCCCCUGCCUAUCCCUCUCUGUUCAUAGUGGGUGUGUGCAGAGCUAUAUGCCCCUUUCCACAUUUCCACAUUCAGAGUCAGUUUAUCCUUUCCGUGUUGGAUGGCACUUUCGCUCUUCCGUCGCGUGAAGAGAUGGAGAAGGACAUCGAGAGGGACACGGCCUCACGUCGUGCCCAGGGCGUCGCCACACGCCACAUCCUGAAGAUCGACUCUGAGCAGUGGGCCUACAACGACGAGCUGGCCCGUCUGGGCGGUUUCCAACCUCUCCCGCGCUACUGGCACAGCCUGUACGAGUCCAACAAGGUCUUCCGUGCCCGAGACAUGCUGAAUUACAAGAACUACAAUUACACUGUGCUCAGCGAGACCGACUGGAAAGUGCAGGAUGGUCAAGGGCAAAUGUUACAGAACCCCCUGCCGUAGACACCCACAUUCAGGCUUAAAAGUGAUUUUUAACAUUUAAUAUUAUGCCAAUGACAUGCUCAGACAGAGACAAUUGUGCGAAGCUGCCUUGGGUAUAUUUUAAGUCAGCUCUUGUUAGUGUUUGAAAAAGCACAAGUCUUUUUUCUUUGCUUCUCAGAAAUCGCACGUUGAUCAUGAAGUAAGCUGAAGUAUCCGCUGUACAUCAAAGCUGGAACCCCCUCUGGCUAUUACUGUUGAGACUUGCACUAACCUGUACCAAUUCAUAUUUCCAGUAAUCUGACUUUAAGUCACUGGGACAUCUGUCAUCUGUUGUGUACUCAGUGAACACACUAAUGUAAUGAGUGUACUCAAAAUUCCUAGGAACUAUUUGGUGGUAGUGCAAGCUAAUACUAGAGUUGGGGUUGGUUCUGAAUAGGAUUGUUAGGAAAUUGUAGUUCAGUUCUUGGAAUUUGAAUUGGAGUCAAACUUCAUUGGGGUCUUGACAUAUUGUCUUAGAAAUGUAGAGUUGGAAUAGGACUGGAAUUAUAGGACACAAAAUGUAGUUACUGAAAAUUCAAUGAAAUUUUACAACCUAGAGAAGUUUUACCUGUAAUUACCAAACAUAAAUUAUUGAAAUUAUGUUAAUUUCAAUUAACUUCAAUUCAUGUUUUAAUCAUGUUUGAACUAUUCAGUUUAGAGAUUAUCAUCACAGAAGUACAUUUCUGUAAACUGUGUUAAGAUAUAUUGAAACAGUGCUUUUCUGCCUCUUCACACAAACUAGCAAACGCCCAUACAUUUCUACUUGGCCAAACAGUGGAAUCAGACUGAAUUUUGUGAGAACUUUCUAUUCCAAUUAAUUUCUAAUUCUGUUUCUUCACUGUUCUUUUUUCAGUUCAGAUUCCAUUUCCCAACCUAAAGACUUAAUAUUUAAAUUGAUCUCAGCCCUAUAUUGUUAAUGUAGCAAAUGUCGUGUGACUCCACUCUACAUCAGUAUUUAACAUUUCGUCAGUGUUUUUUCUGUGUAUUGAGAAUGAAUGUCAAAAAUAAUCUGCUUUGCAAGUGUGCAGUUGUGAUUUUUUUUUAAAUAUUAUGUCAAACUUUCACAGCAUCUUUUUCACUUACCCUGCUGGUCUGAGUCUGUGGGGAAGAAAAUGAGCACUAGUCAUAAGAGCAGGAGAUGCGUCUGUAUACUGCAGAUAUUUUGGCAAACUGCAAUUUCGGUCGUUAAGUAAAUGCAUUGUGUUGUGGUGAAACAUGCAUUGUUUUAGGAGCGUGGUUCUGCAGAAAAGGCACCGCUGGGAUUCGAACCCAGGAUCUCCUGUUUACUAGACAGGCGCUUUAACCAACUAAGCCACGGCGCCCUGUGUAGAAGGGGAGGAUCUGUGACGUCAUGAAAGCAAAACCACGAUUUUCACUCUGUAUUUUGUUAGUAAAACACAUUAUCUUUGGCAAAUGCACGGCUUAUACAAUAAACUUGUUCUCUGGGGAAAAA